AUUCGAUCGGGUUGAACGGGUGUUUGAACUACCGGAGGAGGCUUCACGUUUCUCCAUCCAAAGUUAUAGAAACCGAGACACCGAACGGAGGCCAGGAAGAAGAGAAGUGAGAAAGCGAGAGAGACAAGAUGUCGUGGCAAACGUACGUCGACGAGCACCUCAUGUGCGAUCUCGACGGCCAGCACCUUACCGCCGCGGCAAUCGUCGGGCACGAUGGCAGCGUCUGGGCCCAGAGCUCAUCGUUCCCUCAGUUCAAGCCUGAGGAGAUCACUAAUAUAAUGAAUGAUUUUGCUGAACCGGGAUCCCUUGCUCCCACUGGCUUAUAUCUUGGGUCAACAAAAUAUAUGGUAAUCCAAGGAGAACCUGGAGCUGUUAUCCGUGGAAAGAAGGGGUCAGGGGGCGUUACUGUAAAGAAGACCAACCAAGCACUUAUCUUUGGCAUCUAUGAGGAGCCCAUGACUCCAGGCCAGUGCAACAUGGUUGUGGAGAGGUUGGGUGACUACCUAAUUGAUCAAGGCCUAUAGUUUGAGUCACUGUGUGCCUGCCUCCGACCCUAUGUUAUGGGAUUGUGACUUUCUCUGUUUCUUCAGUUUUGAGCAUGACCGGAAUCCUGGUUUUCUUCGCAUUUGUUUUGUGUAAUGAUCUUGUCAACAGACAGGAUUGUUGGUCUCUUUGAGUUGUUUGUUUUGAUCCCCUCUCAUGUUCUUUACGUGCAUUCUCCUUGCUAUUGUUUUUGACAUAGCUGGCUUAUUGCAAUAGUACAUUGCCAUCAGUACCAUGGUGGUUUUGGUAUAUAUGCUCUUGUUACUUUAUAAAGCAGGCAAUUCCUUCA